UCCGGAACUUAUAGCGGGACUGUGGCGGGCAUUCUGACAUCGGAGGGAACUGACUUGGUGUCACUGACAUCCCCAGUGACACCAAUACAGUGAUCAGUGCUAAAAAAAAAAAGGAAUGGCACUGUACCAAUGGCACUGGGCAGGAAGGGGUUAACAAUGAGGGGCGAUCAAAGGGUUAACUGUGUGCAGUGUUUUUAUGUGUACUAUAUGGAGCUUUCACUGAGGGAUGUGCUGGAAUUUAUUCCCUGUUUCGCAAGGAAACAAAAUUCAGCACAUCCUUGCCGACAAGACAGAGGUUUGCCUUGUUUAUAUAGGCAAAGCUCUGUCUUGUCUUUCUCCUCGCCGAUCAGCGGGUGCCGGCGGUAAUCCAU